AUGCGUCGUUUCUGUUUCGCCGUACUUGCAGGCACGGCUGCCGCCGUGCCUGCACUCUUCACGGAGGCACAAGCCGGCGGCCAGACGCCAUUUUCGGCUGUCGACUGCUCGGAGCAGAUGAACAAGGCAAGAGAACCUAUGGGAUUUCCUAAGUUCACUACACUCAGUUCAUCGGAAUCUUCUUCUCUUAAUACUGAAUCCAAUACUACUAAGCUUUGUGCGAGUAUAAGAGCGGGUACAGAUCCUGGUGUAUGGCUAGCAGACACUACAGUUAAUUUGUCUAUAGCAGCAGCAAUUCAGGAGUCAGCCGAUGGGGAUUGUGCAGCAGCAACAAAGCAAUGGAAGGGAGCACUAAAGACAAUAGGGGAUUCUUUACCACCUGCCUAUACACCCGGAGAGGAUAUAUACAAAAGUCUUGAUGUUGUAUCCUUAAUGAAUAUGUAUACACCUAAGGACGGAGUAGCAGUUACAUGCACUGUUAUACAAUGCCCAUACAAGAACUCGUCAACAGGAACUGGCUCUAGCGGCACCGACCAAGGCACCGGUGGCGGCACCGGUGGCGGCAGCAGUGGUGCUGAGGCUGACGACAACGACAGAGUGGAGGACUCACCCUCAUUGGAGCCCGAAGUCCCCGCAGAGCCCCAAGUGCCCAGUAGGGCAGGCGGAGUACCAGCAUCAGCAGCAGAAACAGCAGGAGUAGGAGGAGUACAAGCAGCAACAACAACAGAAAAACCACCAGCAGCACCAGCAGCAGCAGCUGCAGCAGAAUCAGGAGCAGCAGGAGAGGGAGGAAUAAGGGGAGGAGUAACAAUUCGUCGAUUGGCUGAUGGUGCAGGACAAGAAGAACCUCUUAAUGCUCUUGUUUGUGUAUUCAAGCCUAAAUUACUCACGAAAGGAACUGCACCUUUCCAGUAA